AUGUAUCUCUUGCUCAUCUUGUUGAUAUUAUCUCUGACACCGCUCACGAAUGGUAAAGCCUGUUUAAAAUCCCACUAUCGUUCUGGAUUUAAUGAAAUUCGUGAUCAUAAGCAAGACGCUGAACGUAUCAUUUCAUAUGCCACACAAGGUAAAUUUAAAGGUGUCACUUACAGUCGAUUAGCCAAUUUUACUGAUAACAUUGGGUCGCGUUUAUGUGGUAGUGAAUCAUUAGAAAAAGCUGUCAAUUGGACGAGACAAGCUAUGCUUGAUGACGGGCUCGACAAUGUUCAUAUUGAAGAAGUUUCCCUUCCACACUGGGUACGUGGACAAGAAUAUGUUCAACUACUAGAACCUCGACAGAAAGGAUUAGCUAUGUUAGGAUUGGGUAACUCGGUGGGAACGGGUCCUAAUGGCAUUACAGCGAAUGUUCUGGUAGUUCAAACGUUUGAUGAAUUAGAGCAGCAAUGUAGUAAAGCAAAAGAUAAAAUUGUUGUUUAUAAUUCAUACUGUGAUUGGUCACUACAACCUCUCCAGUGUUAUGGUGUCACUGUUCAGUAUCGUUCACAAGGCGCAUCUAGAGCAGCCAAAUGUGGAGCACUCGCUGCACUAGUCAAAUCAGCAGCGUCCUUCUCCAUCUAUUCACCGCAUACAGGUAUGAUGUCUUAUGACCCAUCGAUAAACAAAAUCCCCGCUGCUGCAUUGAGUAUCGAGGAUGCGGAAAUGCUGUGGCGCUUUCAACAACGUGGACAAAUGACAAAAGUAAAAUUGUACAUGGAAGCUCAGACACUUCCGAAUGUCGUUGGACAUAAUGUAGUGGCAGAAAUUAAAGGAAGUACAUAUCCAGAACAAACGGUGCUCGUUAGUGGUCAUUUGGAUAGUUGGGAUGUUGGACAAGGUGCUAUGGAUGAUGGUGGGGGUGCAUUCAUCUCAUGGUCUGUUCUCUCAAUUCUUCGACAAUUGAAUUUACGUCCUAAACGCACUGUUCGCUGUGUUUUAUGGUCCUGCGAAGAAUUUGGUGGUGUUGGAGCUGAGCAAUACUUUGAACAACAUCGACAAGAAUUGGAGCAAAUGGAUUUAGUUUUAGAGUCAGAUUUGGGCGUGUUUCAUCCUUUAGGUUUAGAAUUCGCCGGCAAUGCUCAAGCAUUUGAGAUAAUGCAAUCAAUCGGAGAACAAUUGUUAGUGGAGAUCAAUGCAACACAAGUGGUAAAAGGAGAUGGCGGAACGGAUAUAGGUCCAUGGAUGGAUAACGGUGUACCUGGUGGAUCAUUGCUGAAUGAAAAUGAAAAAUAUUUCAUGUUUCAUCACUCGAACGGUGAUACAAUGACUGUAUUAAAUUCAACCGACAUGGAUUUAGCCGCAGCUGUUUGGACAGUACAUGCCUAUGUAGUAGCAGAUUUAGACGAUAUGUUACCAAGAUAA